GAUGUACUAUGUUGACUUAUGAGACAUGCAACCUCCGAAUGAGUGGGGAUAUGUUCAAAUGGCUUCAUAUAUUGCUAGUAUAUAUAUAUAUAGAUAGUAAUCAAGCUAAUGCAUCAUAUCAUCUUACAUUUUAGAAAUUGUCAUCAAAUAGAACAUGGCCGACGGUGAAGCUUUUCCGAUGAAUGGUGGUGAUGGUACUCACAGUUACUCUAAAAACUCCCAAUAUCAGAAACUAGCGUCUGAUGCAGUAAAGGAAACGAUCCAAGAAGCAGUGAUUGAGAAUCUAGACACGGAAUCAAUGUCGAGCACAGUAACGAUAGCAGAUUUGGGGUGUUCGGUUGGCCCAAACACAUUCUUGGCAGUUGAAAAUCUGAUGGAAGCAGUUGAAGCCAAGCGGGGUUCCAAAAACGACCUCGAAUUCCAAGUAUUCUUCAACGAUCACUCGGCCAAUGAUUUCAACACGCUCUUCGCCUCCCUCCCAGCGGACAGGCAGUACCACGCAGCCGGGGUGCCCGGCUCGUUCCACGGCCGCCUUUUCCCGCGUAACUCCAUCACUCUGGCGCACUCCUCCUACUCUCUCCAGUGGCUUUCGAAGCCGCCUCAAGGGGUGGCAAACGAGGGCAGAAUCCACAACUCGGGUGCAUCCGAGGACGUGGUGAGGGCCUACUCGGAUCAGUAUGAGAAGGAUUUGGGAGUUUUUAUGAGUGCGAGAGCAGAGGAGAUUGUGAGAGGAGGUCUUCUCAUUCUGGUGGUGCCUGCAACUCCUGAUGGAGUCUCCCACUCGCUCCUCCCUAUAGGUGUUCUCCUCACUUAUCUUGGAUAUGCCCUAAUGGAGCUGGCUAAUGAGGGAGUUGUUGAUAAAUGCAAAAUAGACGGCUUCAACUUACCCAUCUACUAUCCCACACAAGGGGAGUUGAGGAGACUGAUAGAGAAGAAUGGGCGUUUCAGCAUUGAGAAGAUGGAGCUGUCAUAUCCGUUUGCUCAGUUAACGACAGAGAUCAAUGCAGCCCCUUUGAUAAUGCAACUGCGAGUUACGAUAGAAGGUCUUCUUACCACAUAUUUUGGAAUUUCUGUAGUGGAGAAAGUGUUCAGCAAGAUGUUAGCCAAAACUGAAGAAAUUUCAAUGCACUUCAAGGCCGGCCAUGAUCAGACGCAGCUGUUACUUGCGUUGAAGCGUAAAUAAAAUAUAUAUACUACAUCAUCAUGGUCAAUAGACCGAUUGUAUUUUAAAUUUCUAUAUGAAUAAUAGUGAUGGAAAAGCUGCUGCUGUGCCUGUACGUAGCUUUGAAGGAGUCAGAGGAUGUUUUAGGACAUUAACUUAGAUUGAUUUGAAAAUUAGGACAAUAACUUUCGGAUUUGUAAAAAUAGGACACUAAUUAUUUUUUAGAGUAAAAUAGGACACUAAUUAAUAAGCGUCGUAAAAAUAGGACAUUUCUCAGCCGAUAAUUGGCUAAAAAAUGUCCUGCGGAUGCAACACUUAUUAAUUAGUGUCCUGUUUUACUCUAAAAAAAAAAAUUAGUGUCCUAUUUUUACAAGUUCGAAAGUUAUUGUCCUAAUUUCCAAAUCAAUCUAAGUUACUGUCCUAAAAAACCCUCGAACUCAGCUUUGAAGCAUGGUGCAGCUGCUGUUAAUUUGUUUCAUUUUCUACUUGUAUUAUUGCUGGCUGCGUGCAAUUCCAUCAUGUAAAAUCUAUGAUACACGUAAACUAGUUCUAUUUAAUCGAUGGAGUUUUAUUC